CGUUCAAAAGAGUUCGUUUUAUUCCUCUCUCUCGUGCCACGCCAACGAAGACGAAGACCCCAAAGGCAGAUUUUGCCGAGUUCCCCGUAGAUUGAAGGGCGGUGGUGAGAGCGCGCUUGCCGGAGGCGGCGAAGGAUUCCUCUCGCCGGAGCUUCGCGUCGACGUCCCGGGUGGGUGAGGGGGUGGGGGCUUCUUCUGUGACGGGAGAGGUUUUUGCUCUUCUUUCUUUCUUUGCCGGUCGCACCGAAUCGGGAUCCGUUCCGGGGGUGACGAAGAUGGAGAAAUCAUCGGCUGCGGCGGCGGCGGCGUCUCCUCCCUCCGCGGGCGCGGCGUCGUCCGGGUACGCGGCGUGGGAGGAGGUGGCCGUGUCGAGCGACAGGGGGAGGCGGGAGGUCCAUUUCUUCCUGAGGCGGGUGGACGGGGACCGAGAUCUGGCGGUGGUGGGGCGGGAGCGGAGCUUGCGGCACAUGUCCUACCACUGCGCGCUGCCGGGCCGGUCGGCGGUUGGGCUCGGGGACUGCGCGCUGGUCUCGGGCCUCAAGUCCCGGAGGGAGGUCGUCGACUGGUUGAACUCCGUGAUUCAAGGUCGGUCAUCUGAACAGCAGCAUCAUGCGGACAGUGGCUUUUUGGCUAGAGAAGGUGCACAGAAGCUGGAUGUUGGUUUCCCUACGGAUUCUCUAACUGCUAAACUGGGUCAUUCUUCCAAGGAGAUCCAGUGGUUAGGCUCCCCAUGGACAUGCAAGAAAAAGCGGAAGCACUUUCCUUCUUUUUUCCGUAGAGGUGUCAAAGUCUCUGUUCAUGACUUUGUAUAUGUUCUUGCCGAAGAGGAUAAACGACUGGUUGCUUACUUAGACGAUAUGUUCGAGGAUUCCAAGGGCAACAAGAUGGUUGUAGUACAAUGGUUUCACAAAAUUGAUGAGGUUGGGAUUGAUUUGCCUCGUAAUUUCAAUGACAGAGAGAUUUUCUUUUCUCUUUGUCUUCAAGAUCUCAGCAUCGAAUGUAUAGAUGGAUUGGCUACUGUCCUCAGUCCCCAACAUUUCGAGAAAUAUAUGAGUGAGGCAAGCAAAUCUUCGUUGGAAGUAUUUGUUUGCCACAACCUCUUCGAAGAAGAUGAUAUCAAGCCUUUUGACAUUACACAAGUUGAAGGUUACUGGAAUCAGGAUGUCCUGAAACGUAUGAAUCCUUUUCCUCUACCGAAACCUCCUCUAAGAUCUCAGCCGACUGAAUUUCCACGAGAUAUGAAAUGCAAUGUUGAUGAAGAUGGUGGGAUCAGACCUAGAAAGAAGCAACGCCUUGUGAAGGAAAGUGAUGCCAUUGAGAUGCAUAGUUUGAAAGAAGGGUCUGAGCAAAAAAUCAUGAAGAAAGACCCUCCACAUCAUUUGAUUGUAGGUUCCGAAGUGGAGGUGCUAUCUCAAGAUAGUGGCUUGAGGGGAUGUUGGUUCAGAGCUUCAAUCAUUAAGGCAUUCAAUGCCAAAGUUAAGGUUUGUUAUCAGGACAUUCUGGAUGCAGAUGAUGAAACAAAGAAGCUUGAGGAGUGGAUUCCAGCAUGUAGAGUGGCUGCUCCUGAUGAAUUUGGUCUCAGAAUUAUUGGAAGGUCAAUGAUUCGGCCAUGCCAACGGUCUAGAGAAAGUGAAGUUCCAAAGGUUGUUGAUGUUGGGACUGUUGUGGAUGCUUGGUGGAAUGAUGGGUGGUGGGAGGGCAUUGUGGUCCGUAGUGAAUCUGAAGACAGACUCUGUGUCUAUUUCCCAGGAGAAAAACGAGAAUUAGUCUUUCCACUUGGGGACUUGAGACAUUCCCGAGAAUGGUCAGAAAAUAGAUGGAUUCAUAUAAGGAAUAGAGCAGAUGUCGUCACUGCAAUAUUACCUCACUUGCGGGUGGAUCAACAUGUGGAGGAACAUCACAGUAAUGAAGCCGCUGAAGCUGCAAUUAAGGACUACUGUAAGACAUCAAGAAACAAUGAGGCUGGUCGUGAGAAUCCUCUGGAUCAUCGGUCGUACUCUCAGUAUGAUGGGGUAGAUGAGUCGCUGGCUGUUCCGGAUCUUCUGAAGGAUGAUUCUCUUGCUCAUUUGAAAUGGAAGGUUUCAAGGAAGAGAAGUCGAAGUGGUGGAAGUUCUUCCCUGAAGGUACAAUUUGAUAAUGACUGUACGAGCUCGCCGGAGAUGGGAAUCUGUACCCGUGCGAGGUUUUUGAUGGAUGCCACCAUGAAAGUUGAUCACGAGAAUUGCAAGUUUGCCGGUGAUUCACUUUUCAGUUCUUCAGUAGUGCCGACACUGACAAGCUUGGUCAUGUCCAGGUGAAAGACCACUUGGACAGUGAUCUAUCGCCUGGUAGUGAAAAUUUAGUUGAGGCGCAGGUAUGUUGGAAGGGCGAUAUUAUAUUGCCAAUGAAGUGGAAAGUACGAGGGAGGAGAAGUCACCGAAGACGGCGCAAUAACAGAGCAGGUAAAUGAUGGCAAUACCACCAGCUGCCUCGCUGGGUUUGUCGUUACUGAAGUUUUGCUUUGGACAAAGUCGAUGAAAAGAGAUUUAAUCUCUCGAGCUUUGGUCUCGGGUGCUGCUCUGGGUUUGAAUUCCAUGCCACAAUCUCGCGGGUCACUUAGUAGGUCUAGAGUUUUAAGUCUUGUUCUAUGCUGUGCAUCAUAUCGAUGCAGCUCCAGGGUCCUCGACUCAGGUUGUUAAUAGGAAAAGUAACCGCAUCCAGGUCCUUUUUGGUCACAUUUUAUAUUUUACAUGUAACCACAGCCUGAGGGUGCCACAGCCCAGGCAACAAUUUUGGGUGCAGUAGGGUAACCGUUAGGACUGACUUUUUGAGUCUCCGUUGAGGAUGUCUUCUUGGAAUCUGUACAUGACCUUUCUGUUAAUAAGAUUUGAUGUUGGGGUGAUUGAAUUGAA